AUGAAAAGAGGUAAUGAUAAUGAUGCCGGCGAUGAUUUAAGUUUUGAUGAUGAUGUGCCGAGGAAAGACGGGUUCUGGAAGAAGAACCACAGGAGACGGAUGCCCGUGACUUCAGUCCCAAACACGAACAACAAUAAUAUUCCGGAAGCUUUAAAAAGGCGGGAAGAACCAAAGACAUUUUUAACUACCCUACUUCCGGGAUUGAAUAACGUUGAAUUUGUAUCGGUGAGAUCGCCGAAAAUAUUCAGGAUUGACGAUAAAAUCCGGUCGAUAAAACGGGACUUCGAGGAGAGACUGGACGCUUUGGAGCAAAUCCAGCCGGACACCAAAGGUCGAGUAGAGAGCCCUAGAGAAAUAAGCAAUUUGGCUGACCAAAUAAUUGAUUGA